AUGCAUUUCUCCACCAUCGCUUCGGCUUUCGUCCUCGGCCUCAUGGCCACCGCUCCCGUUGUCGCCGAUCCGGCUGAGUUCAAGAGGGCUCUAGCCGUCCGCCAUGUGGGUGGCCCGGCCAACAUUGCGCACAUCUACAUGGACCAUGCUCGAUCGGUCGCCGCAGAGCUCAUGCCCCGCCACCACAAGGGCAAGGGCAAGGGCGGAAAUGCCAACAACGCGAACGCGAAUGCAAAUGCCAAUAACGCCGCUGCUGCCAAUGCUAACAACGCGAACACGAACGCAAAUGCGAACAACAACGCCGCGACUACCAACGCCAAUGCCAACGGCAACGGCAAGAAGGGAAAGAACAAUAACAACAAUGCUAAUGCCAACGCUAACGCCAACGCCAACGCUGCUGCAGCCGCUGCCGCUGGCAAUGCUGCGGCCACGAACGGAACCACCGCGGCGACCGGGGCGACCGGUAACAACUGCGCAAACCAGAAGAGGCACCACAAGGGCAAGGGCAAUGGCAACAACGCAAACAACAAUGUGGCUGCUGCGAACUGCAACUAA